AUGGCGAUCAAGCACAACCAGCAGAUCCCUCACAACCAUUUCCGAAAGGAUUGGCAGCGACGAGUUCGAGUUCACUUCGACCAGCCUGGCCGAAAGCUGAGACGCCGUAAUGCCCGUCUCGCAAAGGCUUCCGCCGUCGCACCUCGCCCAGUUGACAAGCUGAGACCUAUCGUCCGAUGCCCAACUAUCAGGUACAACCGACGUGUACGAGCUGGACGUGGUUUCACCUUGGAGGAGUUGAAGGAAGCUGGUAUCCCCCGCAAGCUGGCGCCCACAAUCGGUAUCUCCGUUGACCCCCGCCGCCAAAACCUCUCCACCGAGUCCCUCGCCGCGAACGUUGCCCGCCUAAAGGAGUACCGCGCCCGUCUCAUCCUCUUCCCCCGCAAACUCGGCCAGCACAAGCAGGGUGAUGCUUCCAAGGAGGAGGUAUCUGCUGCCAAGGACACAGUCACGAGCGUCAAGCGCUCCCUGCCUAUUGUCCACGCCGACACUACCAUCAAGGAGAUCAAGAAGAGCGAUAUGCCUGCGCCUAUUGAGGGUGGUGCUUACCGAAAGUUGAGGGAUGCGAGAAGUGAGGCGAGAUUGGCUGGCAAGCGUGAGAAGCGGGCAAAGGAUAAGGCUGAGGAGGCCGCUGCUGCUAAGAAAUAA